AUGCCUUUUGAGACAGUAACUACCCAGCAGAGGCGAGGGAAAGGCUGCAACUCAUCCCAACCACCUCACCGGGCGGGCGGGGACCCGCGCCAGCACCACCAGCCCGCGCAGCCGGUGGCUCUGAAGCCGCUCGACGAAACGCGCUGGGAUCUCCCGUUAGAGCUGCAGGAGCGGAGGCGGAAAGCUGAUGCUGUCGGCCGUGCUCGCCUGCCUCCUCGACGCCCUGGGCCACCUCCUACGGAAGGAGGUGGAGAAGCGCUGGCUGCUGGACAACAUGGAGGGGACGUUCCUGGUGGUGGACGAGAUCGUGGACAGGGGGGUGAUCCUGGAGAGCGACCCCCAGCAAGUGAUCCAGCGGCUGAGCCUGCGGGCCCCGGAGCCGGCGGCGUACGGCUUCGUCCUCUUCGACUACCUGGCGGGCGGCUCGGAGCGGAGGGACGCGGGGGACGCCGGCGGCCACGAAUAGGCAGCGCCGAGGAGGCUGACGACAACCCUCUGUCUGAGCGGAGCAUGUCCCAGGUCCUGCAGCCCACCGAGGAGCACAUCAAGCCGUCCCUGCCGACGUGAUGGCGCCGGGGUCUCCCCUCAGAGGGGCUGGCUGGAAAGGUGAGACCCCAGCGCCGGGGGACGCCGGGGGACAGGACACACGGACCUUCCCCGACAUCCCCUCACUCCGACCCCAGCCCAAACCCCGAGCCCCAGCCUGGAUCCACCGGAUGGCUCCUCCCCGGCCGCGCCGCCUCCAGAAACCCCUUGCCAGGUCUCAUAUCCGCCCCCGGUAUUAAUAAUAUCGAGGGAAAAAUUAAGCGCUAAUGAAGGAGAAUUGAUUUGCUGUUCCUGCUUGCUCCCAGCCAGAACCAGCCACAAAUAAAGUUUUCCUCCCCGG